GCAAGGAGUCAGAUCGAGUCCUGCGGCGCAGCGCGCGCAGCAUGUUGCGUCACAAGUUGCCUCCUUACGGGAAAUGUGGGCGGUGCUACCCCAGAAUCACUCGGACGGGACGGAAUAACGCACUUACAGUUCUUGUUUUGGUCGACGUUCAGAUUUAAGGAAUACAUACAUAUGGAAUCGAAGUAACGGGAGAGCUCACAGGGACCCGCGUGAGAGCCCGUGAGCUCGUCUUCAUCAUGGUCUUCAUCAUGGCGUCGGCUGCAUCACUGCAGCUGCUGCUGCUGGCCUGCGUUGCCUCUUCUCUGCCCGCUUCGGGAGGCGACGGCCACCUGCUGAUCGCCCCGCAGUCUCCGGUCCUGGAGAUCGGCACCAACUUCACGGCCACCUGCGUCAUCGCGGACACGGACCGGGUCACGGCCGACGACCUCUCCUGGAACCUGUCCCGGACCACCGUGCCCAGAGACCAGUACGCCAAGAUCAACGAGUCGGCGCUCGCCGUCACCGUCCCCGUCGUCGGGGAAAAGUCAGAGUGGCUGUUUUGCCUCGGCAGGAAGGCGUCGCCCAACUUCCACCUGGACAGAAGCAAAUUCAUCCACGGGAUCCUCCUCACCAAAGGAUAUCGCCCGGUGAAGCCUGAGAACGUUUCCUGUCAGGCCGUCCAGGGGGUCAAAUACAUCUCCACCACCCUGCGCUGCUCGUGGGCCGCGGCGGGCCGCCAGACCUCCGGCGUCCCCACGUCGUACACGCUGAACGUCGCAGUGAUAUCCUCCGCGGCCUUCAACGCGUCGACCCGUGGCAACGAGGCCGCCGUGGACUUCCUGACCAGCUUCCCUAAUCACAUGAUGCUGGACAUCUGGGUGGAGGCGCACAACAGGCUGGGGAGGGUGGAGUCAGAGCAUCUGAAGGAGGAAGCCGGCUGGUUCGUGAAAACGAACCCUCCGUCAGACGUGCAGGUGGUCUCUGAGAGGAGCUUCCCCACCUCCCUCCUGAUCAACUGGACUCACCCCAUCCCCAAAGAAUAUGUGAGGCUAACCUACCAGAUACGGUUCUGCCCCAAUGGCUCUGAGAGCUGGACGUAUGUUCCGCUGGUUGACACGGCAACGGACAUCCAGUCCUUCCGGCUCCAGAACCUGCGCCCGGCCACCGUGUACGUCUCCCAGGUGAGCUGCAAGAACGCCCGUGAGGGCCACGGCUACUGGAGCGCGUGGAGCGCCAACGCCACGGCCGCCACGCCGGAGGACCGACCAGGUAAACCGGAUUUAUGGAGAAUCGUCUCUGAGGGAGACGACGGCCGACUGGUGCAGUUUAUCUGUAAGGAUCCUGUCCGGCCCAAUGGGAGGAUAACGGGGUUCAGCAUAAGGCUCCAGGACCAAAAGGUCCCCCGCCCGGUCAACCGGUCCGAGAGCGGCUCCUUCACCGUCCUGCAGCGGCUCCGCCUGGCGGACGGGAAGUCGGUCAAAGCGUUCGCCGCCGCGCACAACGCUGUGGGGAAAUCCGCGGAGGCGUCGCUGGUCAUCCCCGAUAAAGCUCACGAACCCCCCCCAGUUGCAGAGCUGAAGGUGUGGCCCCAGGGGGGCCGGCUGUGGUUGGAGUGGACCCCCCCCAACAGCUCUUCCCUCUCUGAGUACGUGGUCCAGUGGGUCAGCGGCGAGCAGACGGACUGGCAGCGGGAAAACAGAACCACCCGGCGCACCGCCAUCAAAGGCGACCUCGAGAGGUUUGUGUGCUACAACGUGUCCGUUCAUCCUUUGUACUCCGGACGGACCGGGAGAGCAGCGAGAGCUGAGGCCUUCCUGGAGCAAGGAGCGCCGCUGGAGGCCCCGGCGGUCCGCCUGAAGGGCAAACCGGGCCACAAUGAGGCGGAGCUGGUCUGGAAGGAGCUCCCCCAACGCAGCCGGAGAGGCUUCAUCACCAACUACACCAUCUUCUACACCAGUGAAACCACCACACACAAGGUCACGUUGCCGGCCGACGCCACCUCGUACACGCUGACGUCGCUGACGGGCAACACCAAGUACGACACCUGGAUCGUGGCCUCGACCGUCAACGGCUCCACGGCCAGCUUCAACCACUCGUUCACCACGCUGAAAUACGCGCCGGGCGAGAUGGAGGGCAUCGUGGUGGGCGUGAGCCUCGGCUUCCUGUUCCUCGUGGUUGUGACCAUGCUGCUCUGCGCCUACAAGAAAGACGCGAUCAAGGUGAAUUUCUGGCCCCGGAUUCCAGACCCCGGAGAGAGCACCAUAGGAAGCUGGUCUCCUGAUUACCCUUUGAAAGCGGAGCCGCCGAAGGAGAGCGGCGUCAGCGUGCUGGACGUGGACGCGUGCGACGGCAAAAGCGUGUUCGAGGAGGACAAGGCCGGCUGCCUGCCCCUGAAGAAGGACAAGUACCUGUCGGAGGAGCACAGCAGCGGCAUCGGAGGCUCCUCCUGCAUGUCGUCGCCGCGCCAGAGCGUGUCCGACAGCGACGAGGGCGGCGACAUGGCCGACACCACGGCCGGCACGGUGCAGUACUCGUCGGUGGUGGCCGCCAACAACGGCUACAAGGGGCAGGCGCCCCAGCAGGCCGUGUUCUCGCGGUCCGAGUCCACGCAGCCCCUGCUGGACUCGGAGGAGAACGCGGACACGUCGCUGCAGGACGGCGGCGGACGCGGCCCCCGGAGGCCCUGCUCCGACCAGCAGGGGGCGCUGGAGGCGCUGGACUUCUGUCCCCUGGACGAGGACGGCGAGCGGCAGGCGACGCCCACGGACGGCCAGGAGGGGGCGCCGGCGUCCAGCUACAGGCUUCAGCUGGGCGGCUACCGGCCGCAGUGAGGCGGCUGCGGGAAACGCUUCUGUGCCUUUCUGUUAAAGUGGCAAUCGGAACGUUUUUGGCUUAUUACGAAGUAAAUGUUGAUUGCACGAUAUCAUAAUGUUUCCGUUGAUUCCCCGUGAGGCCGGAAAUAUAUCGACUGUAACGUUAAGACAAAAGACGGUGUGUCCCGUGUCCACCGCUCCAACACGCCCCCAGGAGGAGCUCCAGUCACGUGACGCCGUGGGAACCAAUAAGACUGCUUUCCCAUCGGCGCCUGUCGACGUCCUUCAGUCCUAAAAGUUAAAAAAUGCCCGAAUAGUUGAAACCAGUUAUUUUCCUUCCUCCGGGAAUGUGAUCGAGACAGGACCGAGGGCUGGGAGGCGGGGUCUAAAGACUGGGAGGCGGAGCUAAAGGCAACGAUGGCGGUUGUGCUCUACGGAUCAGGAAGAUCCACCCAACAUCGUUCUAUACUCGGUAGUCCGAUGUUUGUUUUCUUUGUGAUCUGAUAUUUGCAAAACGUGUUUCCAGUUCUCAGAAGAAUCCGUUAUCAACAACAGAUUCUGUAAAUGCCAGCGGGGGAUUUUAAAAGUUGUCUGUUGCCACGUUCAUGUCAGUGUUAGUACUUCUUCAAGAGUAAUUAGUCUCCUAGCUUUGCACUCGCAUAGAAAACCUCCACAGCCACGCACACCGAACAACCCGACACCCUCAUACCCUUUACAGAUGAAAAAUAGUCUCUUGGCUAACUCUGGCACAUUUACUGAAAUGUUUUUAUCAAUGUGCACUGUCCCUUAUUAAAUAUACCAUUAUUACCCUCAGAAUAAAUAAAUAAUCUCCUCUGGCCAAAUCCUCCUCAAACUGAUCAUCAAUAAACCUUUUAUGCUUCAGAGACACUCUAUACACUUUUAUUUUUUACAUUUUCAUUUCCUUUAUUGUUUAAAUUCAUAAAUGUAUCAUGUCCUGAUAUGUUAUUUUCAUUUUAUAUUUGUAAAUAAAAUGUUGUAGCUGCAAAUGAAUAAAGUAACAUAUAAUCUAA